AUGAGAAGCGCCGUCCGUCAGAGGGCGGGACGGCGCGGGGCUGAGGCGCGGAGCUUGCAGGGAGCGUUCGGUGGAGCAGGUAUCCCGGCCUGGCGCUACAGAAUGACAAAACGAAAGAGAAAAGGUCCCCAAGGGACAGAAAAGAGGAGCAAAAAGCAGAAGACACCAGAAGAAGAGAUGUCACAGGCACCUGAAGUCAGGCCAGGCAAGGUGGAAGCCAGCUCUAAGGCAGCGACAGCAAGCAAGGUACAGGAGGCCAGUCCCAAGCUGACCCCGGAGGAGAGGAGAAUCUUGGAAAGGAAGUUGAAGAAGGAACGGAAAAAGGAAGAGAAGAAGCUGCUACGGGAGGCGGGCAUCACUGCACCUCAGACGGCCAAGCGCCAGAACCCACCCGCCAAGCCCCCAGCUGCCGUGCUGGCCCUGGACUACCUCCAAGGGUGGGCCCAGAAGCAAGAGAACUGGAGAUUCCAAAAGACGAGGCAGACAUGGCUCUUACUGAACAUGUAUGACAAGGACAAGGUUCCUGAUGAGCACUUCCCUACCCUGCUGGCCUACCUGGAGGGACUGAAGGGAAGUGCCCGGGAGCUCACAAUCCAGAAGGCGGAGGCUCUGAUGCAGGAGCUGGACAAGGCCGAUACCGCAGACUCAGACACGCCACCAGGGAAGAUACAGCGCCUACGGGAGGUGCUGCAGCUACUCUCCUAGGGAAGGAAGGCAGCCUUGGGCCAUCUUGUCCUCCACAGCCACGGGAGGAAGCAAGUCCUGGUACCUUCAGAGCUGAGCAUCAUCUCCCGCAACAGCCUCAAGGCACCUCUCCCACUCAUGUGGCCCUCAGAGUGGCUGUGUGCCAUAUCCUUCUACCAGAAUUUCGUCAGAGGCGGGCCCAUGCUGGCUCUCCCCACCAGCUGGGGCUCCUAGUAUGGGAAUGGUGGGACCCCUGCACAGUCCCUCUGGUAUGGCCCAGCUGUGACCACCUGUCUUACCUCCCUCAUCUGCCUCACCUACAACCUUCUGCCUGGCUGCAGGGAGGCCCCUGGGCUGUGUGGCUGUGUUUUCAGUUAAAGCUGGAAACCAUGGCAGAGAACUGGCCAUGGUUGCCAAUUGUUCUCACUUGCUCCCUUAGCGCCAGUGGCCAGGUCUGCUGCCUUCCCUCGCUGAACUGUUGAACAGAGUGACUAAGGAUUAAUGUUUGGACACUGUACCAAGCAGAGCACAUCCCCCCACACCCCACCAUUGUGUGACUUUUCCUGGAGAGACCUAAAGAAAUGUCCAUACACCCCCGAUAGGGAGGGCACCAGCAGACUAAGGGAAGGGUUCCCGAGAAGUCCCAGGGACCAGUGGUGUCCCUUAAAGGAGCUCAGGCGACUUGCUGGCCAUUGAAAUGUCCACCUUCUGCCCCCUGUGUAUCCAGCACACUGCUUCUUAAACUUUCUCUAUUUACAACCCCUUUCACCCAAGUAAUUUUUACACGGUCCUGGGUAUAUGGUUAUAAAAGAGGCGUACAAAUCAAAUAUUUACUAAUAAUAGGUUAUAAAGACAUUUAAAAACAAUUCUAUGGACUGCAAAUAACUUUACCAUUGAUUAAAGAUGAUAACUCUGCAUA